GAUCAACAUCGCUCUCGUUCAAUUUGGAACAAUAAUCCGGAAUCACUUAUUCCCAUCAGUCAUCGAGGUACAUGUCGAUUGCCCCGUUGGCAUCCUCGACUGCAUCCCUAUCUAGAGAGGGCGGGAUUGCACAAUUUGAGGCACUUUAUGAGGCUUGAUAUUGACAACGAUCUGCUGACGGCAAUGGCAGAGCGAUGGCGCCCUGAGCUGCAUACCUUCCACUUUCCCGAGGGUGAAAUGACGAUCACCCUCAAAGAUGUUGCCAUCCUCACCGGGCUCCCGAUCACCGGAGAUGCCAUCAUCGACAGCUCGAGAAAACCAGAAGAUGGUUGGGGGCCAUUGAUUCAGGAACGUCUGGGGUUCAACAUG